AUGGAGAUGACAAACCAGACCACAGUGACCGAGUUCAUUUUUCUUGGGUUUCCUGGUAUUUUCUACCUGAGACUCACAUUUUUUGUGAUGUUUCUCACUGUGUAUCUGCUGUCCCUCAUGGAAAACACCCUCAUCAUCCUCACUGUUGUGAUGGAGCCCACACUCCAGAUGCCCAUGUACAUUUUCUUAGGAAAUCUGUCCUUCCUGGAGAUCUGGUACACCACAGUUACAGUAACUAAACUGCUGGCCACCUGCCUGUUAUGGGGUGUCACCAUCUCUGUGUCUGGCUGUAUAACCCAGUACUGCUUCUUUUUUUCCAUGGGAGCUACCGAGUGCAUCCUCCUGGCAGUGAUGGCCUAUGACCAGUACCUGGCCAUCUACAAUCCUCUAAGAUACUCACUGCUCAUGAAUACUCCAGUGUGCCUCCUGUUCUCUGCUGGAUCUUGGAUUGGCGGCUUCAUUGCCCCUCUUCUAUCUACCAUACUUAUCUCUCAUCUGAACUUCUGUGGACCCCAGAAGAUCAACCAUUUCUUUUGUGACUCAGACCCCAUUUUUAAACUCUUUUGCUCAGAUACAUUCUUGGUGGAGGCCUUGAGCUGCACAUGUAGCUCUGUUGUGAUUCUCAGUUCUUUUCUUCUCAUCAUGUCCUCCUAUGGACACAUUGUGGUCACACUAAUCAGAAUGUCUUCCCAGGAAGCUUGGAGAAAAGCUUUCUCCACCUGUGCCUCCCACCUCACUGUGGUCACCAUCUACUAUGGCACCAUCAUCUUUGCCUAUGUCCACCCUCUGGCCAAGUACAACUUCACCAUUGGUAAAGUGGUCUCCGUGUUCUACUGUGUGGUCACCCCAUUGGUAAAUCCUCUCAUAUACACUCUGAGAAACAAAGAUGUGAAGAGAGCCUUCAGAAAGUUUCUAGCACAAAAGAGAUUGCUCAUGCAGGGAAUUUGGGAGACCAACUAA